AUGAAUGCGGCACGUGCUGGAAGGGGUGUGGCUGGGUUUGCUGCCCGUCGAUCAGGGAUUUCCGCACCAAGCCAGACCGUGCACCGACAGGUGGCAAACAAGACCACAUCUUCGAAAAAGGGCAAGGGGGUCGUCGGCAAAGUGAAGAAGCCAGCCGCUGCUGCCGCCGCGCCGACCCCCCCCCCCCCGCCGCCGCCGCCGCAGGUGUCGCAGACGACGGUGACCCCGCUCCCUCCCAAGAAACAAAGUCGAACAACUUGCUCAUCGGUACGGUGCUGGUGGGAGCGGCGGCCGCCUCGUACUAACGUGACGAUACACAAGAUGAAGGACCAGGAUUUCCUUGGCGCCGCAGAAAAGGAGGCCGAAGAGGAGGCGCAGGUGAACCUCCACAAGAGCGGGCUUAAGGUUUCCUCCAAGGUGGUGCCGGAGAAGGUGGAGAAGGUUUUCAACAGGGCCGCGGACGCGGUAGCGAAGGCCACCGGCAAGGCCGAGGACAAGGUGGAAGAGGUGUCGGAAGGCGUGAAAGACGCUGCUAGCGAGGUUUCGAGCAAGGCCUCGGACGCCGUGAAGGAGAUCAAGGACGAGGCAAAGAGCGCGGCGGCGGCGGUAGAGGCCGCAGUUACGGGAGAAGAAGUCCCUAAGAAGAAGGGCUGGAGGAAGUACAUCAUCUUCGGCCCACGCAGGGAGGGAUGACAAGAGGAAAAAUGAUGACGACGACCACGACAAAGAGCACGGAUUUUUUUUUUUUUGUGUUGUUCAUAUUGGGCGCGGGGAUUCUGGUGCGAGAAGGAACUGACACUCCGUACUGGUGCGUUGUUCCCUUCUCUUUUUCUGUGUUUAAUUGCCGGCUGACUUGUGCCGGCGAAACCAAUUAGUGCUACGCGGGUUGGCUCUAGGAACAAGUAGUUCACCGUCCCCGUUUUUCCUCGAUUUUUUUUAUUCUUUUUAGGUUCGGAGUUCUUUUUGUUCUUGAUUUGUUUGUCGUCUGUGUUAUCUUGUCCCGGGUGGACAAAAAGAAAAAGCUUGAUUGCGCUUUCGCUCGCUGCCUGCGCACGCGGGGGUAUCUGUAUCCCCAAGUGGCAAGCACCUGUUAUUUGGUGACGAGCUAAAUUUAGCACCGAAGCUGGCUGGGUAGCAGACAAGUACAACACGAUGCGUGUGUGUCAUACCCCGUUACCUCUAUGCCCCCCGUUUUGUCACCCCCCCCCCCCUCCAGUUUCCCGUGGAAAUCAGCACGACUGCUUGGUAGGGAGAUUUCGAGGGGUUUUUCUUUGAGGAUAGAGAGGAGCUUUGGUUGCGCACCAAUUUUUAGAGCAUAAUAUUGUGUAUACCACGUUUUAAGCAAGCUACAAGAAAUGUUGCUCAUCGCCGAAAAAGAUGGGGGCGGCGGCAGCGUUUGUUUGAGUUCUCUCGCCGCCUUCUGCCCCCAGCCAUGCGUACGAAAUUUUCCGUCUCCGCUUAGAAGCACACCCACCAAACCCUUUCUCCCAGCGACAAAUAUAACGGGCAUUUUUCGGUUGUUUCAAGCGCGCGCGUGCAGCCACCGGUCGUCGUUCGGAUCGAUCACUCUUGGAAGCGCUGCACGCAUAGAUGGGAGGGUCUGCGUAGGACAGGAGCGGAGUAGGUGGGGUCCGGUGGCAGCAUGCUAUGUUUCUGUUUCGUGUAGUUUCGUGUACAACGUUUUUGACGCGAAAGCGGACAGCAUGGAAGGAACGAAUCUUGCAGCUUGGAAACGGGUGGACCUUUAUCUAUCGUGCGGAAAGUCUGGCGAAUUUGUAAAUGAAGUUCUCUCAUUUCCCCUGAAUAUUAUGUCCUGUCAUUUUUGGUGAAAUCGUUUCAGAAAUACUGGUUUCCACCAAAAAGUUAAUGGUUCCAUUCCC